GCCUCGCCUACAAAAGUAUAGAAACCAGCCGCUCCUCUCUCUUCCCUCCCUCUAAGACACAAGCUAUAGCUAGUAGCUGUAGCUGCCAUGGCCAAGGAUCUCGCCUUCGUCCUCCUCGUCCUUGCCGCGCUAGCCGCCUUCUCGUCGGCGACCAAGCUGACAAUCCACAACCUCUGCCCGCACCCGGUCUGGCCGCUCGUCACCCCCAACGCCGGCCUCCCCUCCAUCUCCGACAACGCCGCGCGCCUCGACACCAACGCGAUUCUCUCCCUCACCUUCCCGUCCACCUUCUGGGCAGGUCGCGUCGCGGCCCGCACCGGCUGCGACGACGGCACGUCACCACUGCGCGGGUGCUUCACGGGCGACGCGCCGCCGUCCACCGUCGCGCAGAUCACGGUCCACGACAGCGGGAACCUGGACCUCGCCGCGUACAGCGUCAGCCUCGUAAACGGGUUCAACGUGCCGAUGGUGUUGAGUCCGCAGGCCGGCGGUGGGCAGUGUCCGGCGCUCGGCUGCGCCGUGGACCUCAACUGCGACUGCCCUCCGGACAACCGGGCCGCCGAAGGCACCGCGUGCCGCGGGCCCGCCGGGUACUUCAAGAACCGUUGCCCGCUCACGAGGACGACGUCGACCGACGUGGAGCCCGUGCCGCAGAGCUGCCGCGCGCCCGGGGAGCUCAAGAUCGUCCUCUGCCAGUCGUCCAUGCUCCAGCGCGGCGCCUCGGCGGCGGAGGACACCGACAUGGUCAUCCGCACUGUCGUCGCCGACAACUAGAGCACAGAGCUUCCGUGUCGUAUGUCCUUCUCGCUUUGCCGUACUUCUACGCCAUGCACGAUCCGUCGUACUACGUUUCAGUUAAGAGUUCGUGAGCGUUAAUUAAGUGGCCAGUUUUCAUACAAAUGUCGCAGUUUGAAUGUUUGUAUUUUUCUAUGAACCCUGGACCUUGGAAGAAUUGUUGUACGGUAUUUUCAAUAUGUGUAAAAACAUAUGUGCAAGGUGGUCAACCAACCGAUGCUAUAUUUGUAAGAUCUUUUUAUGUGGGGAUCCAUCCAAUUUUGCUUUUAACUUUUUC